AUGGGAGCCCCUGUCAAUGUCACUCCAAUAGCUGUGCUGGGACAGAGUAGGAGUCUUAUGGUAGAAGGAAGGAUUGGAAUUCGGAAGUAUCGGUUUCUCAUAGACACUGGUGCUUCACGUUCAGUCAUUCGGCCAAAUGUCGCAAACAGCAAUAAUACUACAAAUGUGAGCCUUUUCUCCCUGAAAACAGCCAGUGGAGAACUGAUGCCCAUAAAAGGACUGGCGGACUUAGAAUUUGAGCUCGGGUGUCAGUCAUUCGGGCAUGAAUUUUUGAUAGCAAACAUAACUGAUGAUUGCAUUUUAGGUCUAGAUUUUCUACAGAAAUUUGGAUUUUCCAUUAACAUUAGCGGAGGAACUUUGUUGUAUGGAAAUGUGGAGAUUCCAUUGUUAGGUGAUAGUGAAGAAGGAAACAAUCGGAUGAUGAAAAUACUAUUGACGGAGGAUACAAAUCUGCCUGCACAGUCCGAAUCAAUUAUUUGA